GAGAGAGAGAGAGAGUUGUUAAAGGCUCCCUUAUAAAGAAAGGUACGGACUUAUAACCAUCAGUGAGAGAUGAUUCCACAUGAAGCACAUGGUUCCUUUCAUUACAAGAGUCCUGACAUUACGGAAGACCAAGGUAAAAGCGGGGAAAAGUAAUAUAACUAUGAAAAUCUUGACAACUGAGUUCUACUUUGCACUCUAAAAAAUCCUGAUCAAGACAAGUGGGUUAAAUACAGGAAAAACUCCAAGACCAUGAAGUCUAACCAGGAGCGCUGUAAUGAGUGUCUUCCGCCGAAGAAGCGGGAGAUUUUAGCUCUGGAAGAGAAGCAGGUGCUGGUGUCAGCUGCUGUUAGUGAGAGCCAGAGUGGAGAGAAUUUGGCUUGGCUAGCCAGCGUUGCUACCAUGGCUAGCAUGGCCCACAUCCCCAACAAUGCAGGCCCAUCACAGAGCAACAGUGCAGAUCCUGACAGCCCCCCACCAUCAAAUAAGGCUCUCACUGUGGUGACAGAAUAUCCUCCAGCUACUUCAUCUGCUGGCUUUUCAUUCUCUUCCAAUAGCUCCACAUACAGAGGAGUCUUCUCCGGGCCUACCGUGCUAACAGCCAAUCCUACAGUUCUCUCCACAAGCCUUCCUCAAACCAUAGGCUCCGUCCAAUAUACACAACUUCCCCCCAAUCUCCAGCUCAUAGGGCCCUAUACAAGUUAUAUCUCUUCACAGAUUGUACCAUCCACAUCCAGUCCAACACAGCCACGGAGGACACCACAAGAGGUCUUGGCCACAACAGCUGUCAUCUCCCAAGCAUCCAGCCUUGAUUCACAGAGUCAUCAUGUGAUUUCUUCUAUAUCAAAUGUUUCCCACAGUCAAUGCAUUCAGGUAGAGAGUGCUCCUUUGGGUUUGACAGUUUCCUCCCCUUCUGUCCAACUGCCCCUUCAAAUCCAUCCACACUCAACUGUCCUUGCCCCUCAUGCCCUGGCUCUCACCCCCUCUCAAGUGGUUCUACACUACACCGAUGGCUUCAUUGCAAAGCAGCUGGACUCCCAUCCCAGAGAGGUGCAAAAUGGUGCACUAGGAGAGGUUACAGUUGUCAAGCACAGUACUACUAUGGCCAAAGGGAUCUCUAGCCAACCAGAAGGUGACCAUAGCCACAAGCAAAAUCAUAACCUGGGCCUCCAGACCCAAGCUCAGGUUUUGCUCCCAGCAGACUAUAGCUCUCAUGACAGAGCUGGACUGCAGACUUCGCUGAUGUUGGUAUCCAGUAGCCACCUUGCAGCAAACAGCAACUCUGAGUUCCAAAGUAUCUUGGCCAAGGACCACUCAUCUUUGCACCUUGCUGAGAGAGGAGGUAUCUGCCUAGGCAAGCCAAUGUCCAGAGUGUCCGCUCUUACUUCCUCAGACAGCCAAGUUUCUCCGGCCUCCACCAUCUCCCAGCACACACUCCUGCAGGCUCCUCACAACACUCCCCAGCAGGAGCUCUCCACCAGCCUUUAUCCUGCCACACAGCUCCCAAUUAUUGGCUACAUCACUAGUGCUUCUGGUGGACCCCAGCAAGUAGUAACUGGUUAUCAAAGCAACCUGCCACAGCACGUGGUGAUCUCAGGCAACCCCUCCUUGCUCAUUCCGGUUAGUGCCACUAACAUCAAUCCAUCUACUGCUGAGCCAGAGGUCACCCACUGUUCUGUCAUCCCUAGUGUAGCCAAUGCAUCAACAGCUCUGCCUCAGACCUUUAUUAAUACAUCCCCACCUGCAGCUGCAGCUUCAGUCCUAGCCAAUGGUAAAGACAUCACAGGGUCUGAUGGAAGUCAUGCCCCCUGUGCCAUGAGAAGUCCAAGCCAAAUACAGCUGCCUGUUCUUUCAGCCAAUGUAGUGGGAUCUCCAGUCCCUGUAACACCUCCAACAUCUACAAGUCCUCAAAGCUCACCAUCAUCACCAUCAGUGGGCCUACCACCAUUCUUCAUGAAGGGCUCUAUUAUCCAGUUGGCAGACGGUGAGCUGAAGCGCGUGGAGGAUUUGCGAACAGAGGACUUUGUGCAAAGUGCAGAGGUGAGUGGAGAACUGAAGAUUGACUCCAGCACUGUAGAGCGCAUAGAGUGCAGCCGAACACCCAAUGCUGUCAUCAUACAGUUCUCGGUGGGAGAGAACAAAGCCCAGGUGUGUGUAGAAGUCCUGGUGGAAUACCCCUUCUUUGUGUUUGGUCAAGGUUGGUCAUCCUGCUGCCCUGACCGCACCACCCAGUUGCUAGCUCUAUCCUGUGCCAAACUCUCUGUGGGUGAUGUUUGUAUCUCUCUCACCCUUAAAAGCCUAAAAAAUAGCAUUCAAAAGAAAAAUAAUUGUUCAGCGUCUGUGAUGAAACACAACAACCCUUUGAAAUCAGCCAAAAACAAUGGGUCCAUUGAGGAAAGACCAACCCAAAUGGAGGAUCUUAAGAAAGGACACAAACUUACAGCAAGAGUGGAGAAUAGUGUCGAAGGAACACUGGUUGAGACUUCCAACCAAAGAAAUGUGUUGACCUUCUCAGAGAACGGGGGCAUAAAUCCUCAGACACUGGUCAACCAAAACAACCAGGCAGAAAAAACACACACAUCUAGUGCAGAGAGAGCAGUUAGCCGCAAGAGGAGAUGGUCUGCCCCAGAGAGAGGAGAAAUGUGGCGGUCGCAAGAGGACCCUCAGAUUUUACCCAAAUUUUCCUUCCUCCCUCAUCAGCUGAAGGUCAGGAUUGAGGGCCGCUCCAGCACGGGUUGCUGAGGGCCUUCUGAACACCAUAGAGCAUUGAUAGGGAGUUGAUUUCUUUCCAAGAAAUACAUCAAUUAGCCUUACUUGAUUAAUUUGAGAAAUCACAUAAAGUUGAUCAACUGAAUAAAUUUUGUUUUUGCUUGGUG